AUUUUCUUAAACUUAAACAUCCAAUGUGUCAAUUUCAGUCUAUUUUGACAGAAGCGAAUAUUUGGUUUCGCGUCCAAAAAGGAAAAAUUUUAAAAAUUAAAACUCUGUGUUCAUCUAUAACCUGCGCCUCCACUAAUCAAGCGGCUAUAAAAUAAUGGAUGCGUUACAAUGUAUUUUUAAUAGGAAAUUAUUCGUUCUAACAGUGAUAUUAAUAAUUCAUUUCUUUUAUAAUCCAACUGAUAGUGGAGCUGUAAAAUUAACCCAAAGUAAUCUGGAUAUGACCUUAGCUUCCAAUGAAUUAGUAUUGAUUAAUUUUUAUGCGGAUUGGUGUAGAUUUAGCAAUUUAUUAAUGCCAAUUUUUGAUGAAGCGGCGGAUAAUGUUUCAAAGGAGGUUCCCGAAGCGGGACGUGUCGUUCUUGGUAAAGUCGAUUGCGAUCAAGAAACAUCAGUGGCCAGUCGAUUUCACAUUAGCAAAUAUCCCACAUUAAAACUUAUUAGGAAUGGUCAACCUGCGAAAAAGGAGUAUCGCGGGCAACGAUCUGUUGAGGCUUUUACUAAUUUUAUUAAGGAACAACUUGUUGAUCCAAUUAAGGAGUUUGGGUCUAUUUCUGAAUUGGUUAAAUUAGAUGGAAAUAAACGAAUCGUUAUUGGAUAUUUCGAUAGAAGAGAUCAACCCCAAUACAACGUCUUCAGACGCGUAGCGUCAAAUUUAAAAGACGAUUGUCAAUUUCAUGUUGGUUUUGGAGAUGCCUCGCAACAAAUGCAUCCACCAGGCCAACCUGUGAUCGUUUUUCGACCGGAUGUAGAACGAUCCAACGAUUUGGACGAGACAUUUAUGGGAGAUCUCAAUAAUUUCGAUGAACUACACAUUUGGGUGCAGGAAAAAUGUGUACCGCUCGUUAGAGAGAUAACUUUUGAAAACGCUGAAGAAUUAACAGAAGAGGGGUUACCGUUUUUAAUCUUAUUUCAUCAUCCCGAUGAUAAAGAAUCGAUUAAAAAAUUUACUUGGCUUGUUAAAACUGAAUUAUUGGGUGAAAAACAAUCGAUUAAUUUUUUAACUGCUGAUGGGAAGAAAUUUGCACAUCCUUUACAUCAUUUAGGAAAAAGCGAAUCCGAUUUACCAUUGAUUGCGAUCGAUAGUUUUCGACAUAUGUAUUUAUUCCCAGAUUUUAAAGAUAUCGAUACAGCUGGAAAAUUAAAACAAUUCAUACAAGAUUUAUACACGGGGAAAUUGCACCGGGAGUUUCAUUACGGUCCUGAUGAUCCCCAAGAAGCCGAGAAAGCUACAGAAAGUGCGAAGAAACAACCAACAACUCCCCCUGAGAGUACUUUUAAAAAAUUGGCGCCAUCGAAAAAUCGUUAUACGCUUUUAAAAGAUGAGCUUUGAACUGGUAUCUAAAAUUUCUUUUAGUGAUAAUAAUAAAACAAUUUUGUGCUAAUAAUUUGUAUAAAAACUAAGAAAAAAUGAAGGAAUUUUUGUUAAAUGUUCAAAUGAAAAUAAUGUUGUGAAAUGAAUUAAUUAUAAUAUUUUGUUGUACAAUUUUGCGCCAUUUAGAAUACAAUUUUUACUUAAUUUAAAGAUUAAACUAACAAAAAGUAGUUACAAAGAGCUGUUUAUAGUAGACUUUUAUAAAACACCUGUAUGUAUUUUUAAAAAUACGUUUUUUUCUUAUAAUUAAUUUGUCAUUUUAAAAACGUAUACUGAUGUGUUUUUUUAGGAGCAAAGCAUUCUGUAAGUUGUAAUUCAAAUUUCUUUAAUUUGAGCAGUUUUUAGGCUUGCAAUCUUCAAUUUUAUUAUGUACAAUGUAAAUAAAUCAUGUACAAGUAUUAUUUUCUAAUAAAUAUUUAUAAAGACAA